ACUAUACUAGGUACCUAGGUAGUUAGUUAUAUGAGUCGUCUAUAAAGCAUAUAAACAGCAGGUACUACAGGCUACAGCACGGGAUAGGUAUCAGGUGGGUACCUAACUCAAAUGGCGUUAUCCGGUACCUUAGUAACCGCUAAUACCGGACCAAGUACGCUACAUUUAGGUAAUACCUAUGGAAAUUAAUAAGUGCCAUGUAACUUUAUAGUUCAAAAUACCCUAAAAAGAAAAAGAAAAAAAAUAUGGCCUUUACUUCGGUUGAUGUCAUUGGGCGGUCGUAUCGGCUCGCAGUUCCCCGUAGCUUUAGUGCUACAAACACCCGAAAUUUAGUGAGGGGCAGCGUGCUUCGCUCCAGCUCCAGCUCCAACUCCAGCUCGAAGUCUGCUAUCGUUUUUCCAACACCCUCAACACCUUCAACACCUGCUCACACGACAUCUGGUUCGUCUACCUCAUCUCUCCCCAAAAGUCCAACAGGAAAAUAUAACAAUUCACCUUCAUCUAUUUCAUCGGUAUCUACCGUACGAGUUGAUUGCUUUUUCAAGCCAUCGGACAAGGGUCAUAAGACAUUCGUACCCUGUCGGUUAUUCUCUUCUUCUUCUUCAACACCUGCCAAAUCCGUCCAUCUAACCUCUCUUGAUUCGCAACAUCAUUUUCAAGUUAGAUCCAGGCCCCACCAUAACUCUUCCAGUUUUUCCCAUCCUCUCCUUCGUCUACAACGUGGGGCAGCCCCUCUACAUACAAAUAUAUCAGCACGUGUGCCCAACAGCCGGUCCUUCUCGACCUCUUCCCCAGUUUGUUGUUCAGCCAUCAUACCCUCAUCCAUCAUGGCAGACCGAGACGUUCUCCCUUCUACCGUUGUCCCCUCUCACUAUGAUCUCUCCAUAUCUUCCUUGAAUUUUAAAGACUGGUCCUAUGAAGGAACAGUGGACAUACAAGUCUCCAUUGCCGAACCUGUCAAGGAAAUAGUCCUCAACUCUAUCGAGCUCAAGCUACACGCAGCUAAGAUAACAGUCGAUCAGACCAAGUCUUCUCAGUCCCUGGAAACCACUACGUUCAACUAUGACGAAAAGAAGCAGCGUGCGACCCUCGUCUUCGCUGACGAGGUUCCUGCUUCUCAGAAGGCCACUCUUCAUAUUACGUUCCAGGGAAUCCUGAACAAUGACAUGGCCGGUUUCUACCGGAGCAAAUACCAACCUACCGUUCCCGCUGCAGCUUCGGUACCCAGAGAUGAUACCUUUCAUUACAUGUUCAGCACCCAAUUCGAGGCCUGCGAUGCCCGUCGCGCUUUCCCUUGCUUUGACGAACCUCGACUUAAGGCAACUUUCGACUUCCAAAUCGAAAUCCCCGAGGACCAGGUUGCCUUGUCUAACAUGCCCGUCAAAGACACCUCGAAGAGCAGGGACGGUUUCGUGACAGUUUCCUUCGAGCGGACUCCGGUUAUGAGCACGUAUCUUCUAGCCUGGGCCGUUGGCGAUUUCGAGUACGUUGAAGCAUAUACCGACCGAAAAUACAAUGGAAAGCAGAUCCCCGUACGUGUGUAUACCACCCGGGGACUUAAGGAGCAAGGUCGAUACGCUUUGGAACAUGCCCCUAAAACCAUUGACUUGUUUUCCGAGAGCUUCGGUAUCGAUUACCCCCUGCCAAAGUCCGAUUUGCUUGCCGUUCACGAGUUUACGCACGGAGCAAUGGAGAACUGGGGUCUGGUGACUUACCGUACGACAGCCGUCCUCUUCGAUGAGAAGACCUCUGACGCCAGGUUCAAGAAUCGCAUUGCAUACGUCGUCGCUCACGAACUAGCUCACCAAUGGUUCGGCAACCUUGUCACUAUGGAUUGGUGGGAUGAGCUUUGGUUGAACGAAUCGUUUGCCACCUGGGCAGGAUGGUACGCCGUUAAUGAAUUCCACCCCGACUGGCAGGUCUGGGCCCAAUUCGUCAACGAGGGAAUGGAAUCGGCCUUCCAGCUUGAUGGAAUGCGCGCAUCUCACCCCGUUCACGUUCCUGUCAGGGACGCUCUGGAUGUAAACCAGGUCUUUGACCAUAUUAGCUACCUCAAGGGAUGCUCUGUCUUACGAAUGUUGGUCAAUCAUCUCGGUGAGAAAACCUUCCUCCAGGGUGUCGGAGCAUAUCUGAGGAAGCAUGCUUACGGCAAUGCCAAAACUGAAUAUCUCUGGGAGGCAUUGGCUGAGGCCUCUGGAACCGACAUCACUGCUCUUAUGGGUAACUGGAUAGAGAAGAUAGGUCACCCAGUAGUGACCAUUGCUGAGGAACCUGGGCAAAUCUCGAUCAAGCAGAAUAGAUACCUAUCAACAGGCGAUGUUAAGCCAGAAGAAGAUCAGACUAUAUGGUGGGUACCUCUCGCCUUGCAGGGCAAGGUUGGACAACAGGACAUUCAAAACUUGGCCCUCACCGAGAAGAGCGCAGUAAUUCGCGAUAUCGACGACAACUUCUACAAGAUCAACAGUAAUGCCACCGGCUUCUACCGAACAAAUUACCCUCCCGCUCGUCUUGCGAAGCUUAGCAAGCAGCUUGAUCGUUUGAGUAAUGAAGACAAGAUCUCUAUUAUUGGAUCUGCAGCAGAUUUGGCCUUCUCCGGUUAUGGUACUACACCUGCUCUCCUUUCUUUCCUCGAAGGGUUCAGAGGUGAGACAAACCAGCUUGUCUGGGCUCAGGUGCUAGACUCCCUUGGUCUUGUUAAAACUAUCUUUGGUGACGAUGAGGCUAUCAAAAAUGGUCUCGAGAAGUUUACUCUGGAACUUAUCAGCGACGCAGUAGAGAAGAUUGGUUGGGAGUUUCCGGAAGGCGAGGAUUAUCUCAGGGGUUUGCUGCGAAAGAGACUUUUGCUCAGUGCCGCAGCGAACGGUCAUCCAGAAGUUGUUGAGAAGGCAAAGUCACUAUUCGAGGCCUGGGUUGAUAAGGGAACUCCUCUUCCUCACCCGAACUUAAAGACAGUGGUCUACCGUGCGGGUGUGAAGACCGACCCGGCAAAGGCGGUGGAGGCCCUCAAGAAAGAGUGGUUCACCGGAGCAUCCUUUGAUGGCAAACUGGCCUGCCUUGCUUCGCUAGGCCACGUUCGCGACCCCGAACUUAUCUCCAACAGCGUCCUGCCCUUCAACAGUGACUUAUCCCCACCUGCCCCUCCCUCCGAAUCGGUGCCUUCAGGUGACAUGCAUACCAUUGGUAGCACCUUGGCAACCAACUCAGUUGGUCGUCCGAUCCAGUGGAAGUACAUCCAGGAGAACUGGGACAAACUGACAACCAAGAUGGCGAACCCGGUUGUCCUCGACCGCUUCGUCAAGCUUACGCUUUCGAAGUUCACUGACGCUAAGUACAUCGACGAAAUCGACGCCUUCUUCAAGGACAAGGAUACAAGUGCUUUCGACCGGACCUUGGAGCAGGUCAAGGACGCUAUCCGCGGCCGGGCUGCCUACCGCCAGAGGGAUGCUCAAGCCAUCAAGGAGUGGUUGAAGGCUAAUGGUUAUCUCCAGUAGAGAGAAUACGUGUUAA